ACCGCGUUCCUGCGUCUCCUCUGUUUCAUUCUUCCUCACCAAGCAAAGCCAAAACCCACGCACAGACAGAAAAGAGCAAAAGAGCGCGCGCACUCCCUCUCUCUCUCUCCAAGAGCUUCUCUCAAAACCCUCUCAAGAUUCGCGAAACACACCCCAUGGAUUGGGUCCGUGGCAAAGAGAUUGGCCACGGCGGAUUCGCCACCAUCCACCUCGCGGCGCCCGCCAAAACCUGCCCCUCCGACCACCCUCCGUUGAUGGCCGUCAAGUCCUGCGACGCCGCCCUCUCUUCCUCCCUCAGGCACGAGAGGCAGGUCCUCAGCGAACUCGGCGACUUCCCCCGGAUCGUCCGCUGCUUUGGCGAUUCGCUCACCGCCGAGCGCGGCGGCCAGGAGCUCUACAACGUCCUCCUCGAGUACGCCGCCGGCGGCAGCCUCGCCGACAGCCUGAAGUCCAGGGGGAAGCCCCUCUCGGAGGCCGACAUCAGACGCCACACGAGGUCGAUCCUGGAGGGCCUGGAGUUCGUCCACUCCAAAGGGUUCGUCCACUGCGACGUCAAGCUCCAGAACAUCCUCGUAUUCCCCAACGGUGCCGAAGAAGUCAAGAUCGCCGAUUUCGGCCUCGCGAAGAGAGCUGGCGAGCGGUUGGCGAAGGGCGGGAAGCAGGGCGGGUUCGAGUGGCGGGGCACGCCCAUGUACAUGGCGCCCGAGUCGGUGAACCGCAACGAGUACGAGCCGGCCUCGGAUGUCUGGGCGCUCGGGUGCGCGGUGGUGGAGAUGGCGACGGGGAGGCCGGCAUGGGGGUCGCGGACCGAGUCAAACGCGUACGCCCUCAUGAUCAGAAUUGGGGUCGGAGACGAAAUCCCGGAGAUGCCCGAGGGACUGUCCGAGCAGGGGAAGGACUUCUUGAGGAAGUGCUUCGCGAAGAACCCGAAGAAGAGGUGGACAGCCCGUAUGCUCUUGAAGCACCCCUUCCUUGCCCUCGACUGCGUCAAUGACGAGGAGGUUGUAAGAGAUUGCGGAGUCGAAUUCGCGGAUUUCUCUCCGAGGUGCCACUUCGAUUUCCAAGACUGGGUUUCGGUGCAAUGUUCAAGAAGGAGUUGGGAAUCGGGCUCACUUUCGCCCUCGUCUGAGACGGAUUCUGACUCGCUGUUCAUUAGAGAUCUCGCUGCGUUGGAGAUAUCGGCAGAUUCUUCAUCGGUGAUCGAUCGGAUUGGCGAGUUGGCGAGCCAGGAGAGGCCUAAUUGGGAACAUUCCGAUGUUUGGGUGACUGUGAGAUGAUCGGAAUCGUUCCAGUUCCGAAAGCAGAGUCAGCUUCGCUAGAACAGAGCAGCGAGAGCAGAGUCCUGGGAGAUUAUUUUAAUUUUUGGUUCUGAUUCAAUUGAUUCUUUUUUCCCCUCUUCUUUUGGUGACUGUGAAUAUUGAUUCGGUUAUCACAGACGAGAGAAUGUACAGACAGAUGCUUUCCUUUGAUGCAAUGAAAAGAAAAAAAAAUCAUAUCUUUUUUCGGCUUCAA